AGCAGGAAGAGAAGGAGUGUUUUUGGAAUUUCACUGGCUUCACUAACAGCAGCAGCAUGAAACCAACUCAAGGUUCAUCCACCAAACCAGCACAGUACAAAGGGAAACUUAGCUUCCAGGCAAAAAACACAGAAAUCUUCUUGUACUAACAGUCUAAAUUACAGCUUUCAUAAAUCAGUUCAGUAAAAUUUGGUGGCUUUAUCAUUAUUAGACGUCAACUGUUUUAAGACAAGUCACUUGUGAACAGUGUUUGGAUGAAACAAAAAAGGAAAAUGCCAAGCUUUUGAAGUUACAAAACAUAUAUGGGGAAGAACCCACCAAUUAAACGAAAAAGCCAAAACAAAGAAAUGUGAGUUGCUUCACAGUUCAUUAGGGUCUUAACCUUAUGCAAUGAACUAUUAUGGUUAUUUCCUUCCACACUACUACCCAAACAUGUACCUUUCAGCAAAUCGUUGUGUAUCGUAUGGACCAACACAGCAAGGAGAAUCUGCAGGUACAAGCUUCUUGCCUCCAAUCCAGUUGCACAACUUCUACAGUAGGCCAUUAACUUUCAUAGUGGAUAAUGGAAACAAUUAUCCAGAUGGUUCAGGAAGGCAUGUGGAGUAUCAUCAUUUUUACGGGGCUCCUCCCUACUCUGUGUCCCCCAAACCAUUCUGGUAUAUGCCCCAAGCAGUCAGCACCAUGCCUUACAUGUAUCACCAUUACAAAAACCAUGUCAGUCCUCUCUCAGCUGUUCAGUUACAAAAUAAAGAUAUUUGGCCAGAGGGUUUUACUUUGAAAGGAGAGUUACGCUGGGGUGUACUACAGCGAGUGUAUGGGUCUAAAAGAGAACUUCCUGACAUGGUAAAGGAUGAACUGCGACGUGUCUAUGGAACCUACCCUAAGAGCCUCAUCAGUAUCACUUACCAAAAUGGAGAGUACUUGGUCAAAGCUAAGCCCAAGGUGGGUGAGCAAGACUACACCAUAGAAAAGAAAGUGAUUCGGAAGCCUUCAACUCCAAGCUCUGUGGAAGGAGACAGCAUAAGCCAAGUUCAGGAAAAAAAGAAGAAAAAGAAAUCCAAACAGUGAAGAAAAACUAUACUAGUCCGCUAAUUUUACUAGGUUUCCAUACCACACACGAAUGUUUACAGUUUGAAGUAUAGUCUCUUGGUCACCACUAAUAAACUAAAAACAUAAUAUAAUACGCAGUAUAGACUCUGAGGUACACAUAAUGUGGAAGCAGACUCGUAGAUGGCAAAUAAUUCCUUUGUCCUCAAUGAAAUGCUACUUAAAGUAGAAAUGUGUGGUUUUGAAUUUUUACAAAAUAUUUAUCACAAUAUUAUUACAAUACUUGCUCCAAUGUUUGCAUUUAAAUUCUGUUUAGAUUAAUAUCUACAAUGAUAUUAUUCACAGUAGCAUGUUUCAUUUCAGUAGCCAGCAAAGAGGUGUCCACAUUACCUAAACCUAUCAGGAUGGACAUACCUCUACAGAAUGGGAUAUGGUUACUGAUGGCCAUCUGGGAAUGGAAGCAUUAAACACCCAGCAGUAAGUCUACAUCUCUAGGUGUGGUAACUAAGGAAAUAUCUAUUACAGUCUUGUUUCUAGCAGAAGCCAAAAUUAAGUAAGGACAAUAUCACUAAAUCUAUUUCCAGGAUCUGUGCAAGACAUGAAAUGUUGUAUUAUGAUCUGUCCUAGGAAAAUAUGAAGCAUAGUGGCAACUUUAUCUCUGGCUGAUAUGGCACAAAACUAUCACUACUGCAGUGUCUCAUUUAGUGAUCAGAUUUACUCUUUGAUGUGUCUGAAAUCUGCUUGCAUCUAGCCACCAUUUCUUAUCCUUCAAAGGUAAAGUCUGUGCUCCUGGAAGGAGACAGUAGGAGUUAUUCAUGUCAACAGACAUGGAAAUUAUCAAUUUCUGGCAAGAUUAAGAUACAUACCUAGAGAAAUCUGACACAUUGCUAGUCAAAAGAACAGAGGAACAUGAAGUGUUAGAUCAUAACAAAUUCCUCUUUGUAACAAUAUGUUGUACCUCUUUUGCAAAAUCCACUCAGCUGUUAAAUUGUCACUAUUAGUAAACUGAUAUUUGCUUUAAUCAGAUGUUCUUUAUAGGGGUUAAAAAUAAUCAGAUAAUAAACUGAAACUUGUUGUAAUCUGGUAUUCUUUAUAAUCGGUGUUUAGGUGUUAUCAUCUUGAUAUGGAAUCUGUCUUCAAAUCAUCCCCUCCCUCAAUAAUCUUGUCGGUAACUCAAAUUCGUCCCUGUUUGCACUUUUAAAUUUUAAAUUACAGAUCAUGGCAUAAAUAUACAUAGAAUGUGACAAGACAUCUCAGUGGCUAUACUUGAUGGAUUCCAGUAUGCUAAAAAUUGAAGGAUGUGUAGGAAAUGCAAUGAGGAAAUCACUCCUGUUAAUACUUUCAGACAUAUCUGUCAUACAGAUAAACGUAUAGUUCACUGUAGCAUCUCUCCUGCAAUACUCAGUUUCCUGGUCCAAUGACUAACUGCUGUUGCAGGUAUUACAACAAUAAAAUACUUACUUCCAGUGGCUGGGGACUGAUACUCACUCAAUACCUAUGAAGAAUUCACGAACUCUCAUACAGUUUUAGUCACAUAUGCAAUAGUGAAUGAGUAGCACAGACUGGUCUUUUUAAAUGAACAGUUGAAAGCUGAUAAUGAAAAUGUGGGGCCUGUCUUUAUACAUAUGUAUCUCCAAGACAAUAUCAGACUAGGUGGCUAUUACUUGCAAAAAAUAGUUUUAUUUCACAGUAUAAACUAUGAAAAAUAUCUAACAAUAUCUGGAGCUACUAAGAAAAGAAAAAUAAAUUCUUCAAAUGAGAUGCGGCCUUCUGUGUUUGAAACAAGAACAUGCAAACAAAGCAGAGGGCUGUUGAUGUUAAUAAACUAAAAAAAAUGCCAAUACAGGCAGAUUAUACCAUUGAACAGAAUUUAUUUAACACAAUUAAGGAUGUUCAUCUUCAGCAAUUAACAAAUACUGCUUUAGAAUUAAAACUCAUUUAAAUACACAUCCUUAAACUAUGCUAAAUAACUACAUGACCUCAUUUUAGUGACCUGAUGAUUACAAAGCUUAUGUACAUUAGUGUAAACAUAAUUUCCUAAAAACAAACUACAUUAAAACUUUUGUUUGAUGUGAUUAAAAGAAAAAUAAUACAAUAAAAACAAGCGCAUAAUAGAAUUAUCCUUGGAGGUAACUCCGCCUUAGAACUAAAAAAAAUCUAUUUUUUCACUCUACCUCUGCUUUUUUAACAUCUCAAAAUCACUCUGCUUCUUACAGAAUUUUAAUAUGUUUUCUGCAAAAUGGCUUGACAUAUCAAUGCAAUUUUAUUUUUCUUCAAGCCUUUCUCUGCAACGGGGCUGCUUCCUUUAUUUCUUGAAUGGCCCUCAUUUGUGUGUGUCUCAGGCCUUGUUUUACAGUAUACUAAGGAGUUGUACAGCUGCAACCAAAACAGUUGCUAAACUGCAGGCCUUUGUUCAAAGUCUCUUUUUGUAGUCCAAGAUGAAUUGACAGCCCCUCCCCCUACACUUUGGUAAAUGUGCCGAUACUUUACAAGAAUUUCAAGAACAAAUAUUUUCAGACUUUUGUCUAAAUGUCACAGACAGCUUCGAUACUACGUUCAAGUCAUCUUAAAAUGUAAACUAGUAUAAACAACAAACCUUUAAAGUUUAAA